CACCGACCACCACCAUGAAGUGUAUCCUGCUCCUCCUCCUGGGUCUCGUCGCCCUGGUCGCCGCUCGCCCUGACAACGUCCUCAAUUUCGACUUUGAUGACUUCGGCCACAACCAGAGCAUCGACGACGACAACACCGUCACCGGCUCCUACAGCUGGACGUCUCCUGAGGGCGUGGAAUACUUCGUCAAGUAUAUCGCUGACGACGAUGGCUUCCGUAUCGUAGAGUCCAACGCUGUCCCUGUUGGUGCUGGUGGCCUGAAGGCUGAUGGUACCCAGGUGUCCUUCAGGUCCUCUGAGGAGUUCGACACUGAUUAAAAAACCAGCACAGCGAUGUGUUAAAGCCCUGAGUCAUCUCCGAGCAUAUCUUCGUCAGUAGUAGGAUACGAGGAGGAGCUUGUUCGUCUGUGUUCGUGAAUCUGUCUAAUUGAGGAGCCCGACAACCUCCCUUAUCCUCAUCACGAUCGCUGCCUCACUCCCGACCGCAGCUACUACAGUCUCUCUCACCUACACUGUUCCUUUACAGAGUCUCUUAACUAUGUUCUUCCUCUUUUAUUUAUACAAGGUGCAGUAUUAAUGAAAAUAAAGUAAAGUGACCGUA